AGGACCCCCGUGUUAUUUAUUGAUCCACCAUCGGAUGAGACCUUGUCUUCCCUUGAUAACACAGCUAAGCAGAGCCCAAGCGAUGAUGACGCAUCAUCUUCAACGUGACAAAAAUUCUAAAAUGAAGGAAAAUACAAAGUCAAAGAUAUUACUAAAACUACUGAAGGCAAAAUUAAAUCAAAACUGAUAUAUACGAUUUAGCAGUAAAAUUUCGAAUAAAAUCGGUUACAAAAACAGCAGACCGCCGAUGACGAUGUGGAAUUCUCUAAAUUCCUCUUUCAAAUUCAACACAUAUAUAUACAAGCCUGCACUGAGGCUCAAAAGUCAAACCGACAAAGAAACAAUUCUGAUUCGUUGAAGUUGUCAAACGUGGAAAACAUUUUGCAAUGCAAAUUGUUGGAGAAUGUAGGGCGGUUUAAAUAGACUUUAGAAAUUCACCUUAUUGUCAUAAUUUGAAUGCCUACAAGUGCUACACUGAACCCGAGGUGCGUAACACAAUUGAAUCGAAUUUUAUGCAUGGUUAUUUAAAACUUUUUGGUUCCUUACUUCCUUCAAUAUAUGAUUAAGUGCUGAAUAAUUUAACAAAUAAUUUAACACAAUACGUAUAAAACAGCGAAACCACGUUGCUCCGGGCUUAGUUGAAGCAUUUUUACUCGAACUGGUAGUACGAAGAAUUCGAAAAUUUGAAGACGGCAAACCGUUAACUGGCCUGCUCAAUUCUACACGAGUGAACGAGCUGAUUUGGUACGUGAACAACUUUUCUGUCGCUUAUCUUAAACAUGUAUUUAUAUUCUGAAAGCUUUCGGAUUAAGUGCGAUUCAACGGCCCUGAAAAAUACAAGCAAUACGUUUCGAGGGAAGGCCUCUGAGCGAAGGCUGAUCGAAGAUUUUUGCUCGAAGUUGAAUCCUUCGCAAUCGGUAUCUUUCUAGUGUUUUAUAGUGUCCCUACUUACGCUACAUUUGCACAGACGAUUCGUAUUAUUGUGUUAACAAAUAUAUUUUAAUUCUUUUUCAUAUAGACCACAACUACAAGUCAAGCUGUUGCAGCGCUAUCUGGCGAUGAAACGAUUGAUGACUGUUCUUCAUAUCCGCCAUCGAACAAACGAGACGCAAAUAAUUUAUCCUGCCAUUGCAUUCCUCGUCGUUUUUUAUUCAGAAGGCGGCGAAUGCUACGAAGAGCUUGGUGAAAUGGCUCAAUGUCUGGAAAGUCUCGCCCAAUCAUCGAAACCUGCUGAGCAACAAUAUUUUCCCGCAACACAAGUUCAUGUUGCCGUCGACGCUCCGUUUGGUCGACCAUUGUUACAGCGAGGAAAAAGUUUGAAGAAGACGACUGAAGUAGGCUACUUCGCUUCGAGGCGGUCCUUUGCCAUGCACAGACGGGACUGAAAAGUUUUGAAGAUUUCUGGGCGUCCUUUGUACUGUACAAGGUAAAACAUUAUUUUUAGUGUACUUUAAUGCUUUCGUUAUACUGUUUCAUGAGUCUGAUGGAAGGUGAAUCUAUAUCUGUGUUAAGUUUGGGGCAAUAUAUUCUGUAUACUAGUUAAAAAGAUUGAGUUGCCCGCAGUACUUUGCGACUGAGCUUAAUAUUAAAAAGGUAUAUUGUAUAUUGACCAGGAAUUACUUCGUACGAACUAAAUCGAUCGGGAUGGUAGAAAAUAUAGAAACAAAUGAACAGUUAAGGUAGCAUGUAUUGCUAGACAAGAUUCCUAGUCGGGAUCAUGUAGGACGCCGAUACUUGGAAGGUACUCUGCCUACUCUGUCUCUGUCAUUUACGUGCAAGCUCUACACUGUGUAACUGAUAAUCUCCUUGUAUUUUUAUCCCAACCAAUCCUCAUUCUUUGGCGCACCCACACUUGGCACAGAGUCUGUUCAAGAUUAAAAAUAUUAUAUAUUGUUUUAAAAAUGUGUUGUUUUUUACUUUUUCAUAGGGAGAUGUGUAUGUAAAACCUUUGUUACAUUGAUGAAUGUCGAAAGUUGUAAAACUUUUGCUGAUAAACGACGCCAUUUGUGGAGAAGUUCUGAAAAGUACAGCAGUUUGCAGCGUAUUCCUUCCCACGAUGUAUACAGUACGUGCAGCAGAGUUUGACUUGGAUGUUAUUGAGGUGCCGCAGGAAUACGCGAGUUGGUGAACUGGAAAACUUACUUCAAUAUCGCAAAGAGGAUUCCAUGACAAGACUGUACAUGCAUUUGUGUCAGGAAACUGAGAUUUCAAGUGUUCUCCUCUGUGACCAAUGCCUGGCCUUCGUUGCCUGAAUGGGCUUCUGUUAUUAAUGGAAACAUUGAAUGGCAAAUGAUGGUACGAAUACACACCAGGUAAUAAUUGACGGCGUUGCGUUGUUCACUUAUUUUUCACUAUUGCAUGAAGUAUCCAUUUCCUAAAGUUAAACGAUUUUUUCAGUUCAUUAGAACUUAAACUGUUGUAUUGAAAUCCUUCUUAUGUAAGAUAUAAAAUAAUACAUUAUCCCUUUUGUUGUUGUUGCGCGUUUCUACAGGGCAUGAUUUUAAUAUACUUUUCUGUUUUAUUUCUCGAACCGACUUGACCUUGUAGUUCAGUUGGCAGACUCCACGAUUGGACUAGUUAGUAUCCCAAAGGUCACAGGUUCGAUUCCCACCGUGGUCAGGUAAACUUUUCAGCCUGCCCGGUGUGGACAUACACUCGGGAUAGCGUCACAAACAUAUUCACCUGAGUACGCAACAUAAAAAAGGCGCACAAAAUAUAUUGUGAACUACUAAAGUAAAGCGAAUUAGCUAUGUCCGUCUUUAAGUGAAAAUGAAAGGAAAAGUAUCUGGUCAAUUUAAUAAAAGUCUCUUCGUUAUUUCCAGAUUACGUUCCAUCAAUGCUUACGACCUGGCUCCAAAGAUGACCACUGUGAUUGCAAUUCUUCUGAUGUCACCAGAUAAAACUGACUACAACUGA